AUGACGAUGAGAACGAGGAGGAAGCAGACGAGGUUGGUAAUGAUGAGAACGAGGAGGAACCAAACGAGAUUCUUGAUGGUUGGAUUGACGAAGAACCAAUUGAGGUUGGUAAUGAUGAGAACGAGGAGGAACCAAACGAGGUACCUGAACAGCCAAGGUCACCAUUGAUACAUUUUCCUGCUGGCACCCCUACAGUGACGUUUGGUUAUCCUGUUGGAGAAACCCUGGAAGAAGCAAGACGCAUCCGGAGUGAAACCGACAAUGCUUUCGCUCAGUCUUUGAGAAUAGACCAGGAAAGGGAGGUGGAACGGAGAUCACGCCAUGAAGCGGAAAUGCGAAGUGAAGAAGAGGUCAGGAUAAAGGAGAGAAGAAGACAACAGGCUAUAGAAGACAGGAAGAAGAUAUGGGAGAGCAGAGCUGCUCCUACAGAGGGUAUUACUGUACAGUUUCGCUUUCCGGAUGGCAGCAUCAUCAGACACAUUUUUCACUCCACAGAAAAAGUGAAGGAUAUGUACAAUGCAGCUGGAAUGCAUGACAGUGCUACCUGCCAGCUAACGCUUCAGAUACCAUCUACUGGAGUGGUUUUGGAAGAGACUGAAGAGGUCGAUCUGAGUGACCUCAACCUUCAAAGGUCAACCAUUAAUGUCAGCUGGCUAGAAGAAAACAACCCUCCACCUGCUAUUGUUGAGAAUCUGUUGUUGAGACCUCCACCAUCCCGAUCUCCAACUCCUCCACCCAGAUCUCCAACUCCUCCACCUCGAUCUCCAACUCCACCACCCAGAUCUCCAACUCCACCCCCUUUUGUUGGUGAACAAAGGAGAGUGGAGAUUCAUCGGUCCAAUGUUUUUACAGAUAUGGUAGAUGUCUUCUCUAACUCAGAUGUAAUGAAUCAACAGCUCUCAUUUGACUUCAUCAAUGCAAGCGGAGUUGCUGAGAAAGGGGUAGGGUUAGGUUUGUCCAGGGAGGCCUAUACAGCCUUCUGGGUUGAGUUUGAAGAGUACUGUGAUGGAGAGGAGGAAAGGAUACCAUUGGUUAGGGCUGGCAUGACAUGCCACCACUGGCAGGCCAUUGCCCGCAUCUUAGUGAAAGGUUACAUGGAUGUGGGGGUUCUGCCUCUGUCCCUUAGCAAGGUUUUCUUGAUUUCUACCUUGUUUGGGUUGGAGGCUGUAUCGCAAGGUCUGCUACUUGAAUCAUUGUUUUCUUUUGUCAGCGAGCCAGAAAGGGUCCUCCUGAAGGCUGCUUUGUCCUGGACUCAGGAGGAGGAAGACCAAGAUGAACUGAUGGACAUUCUGUCAAGGUUUGGCAUCAGGAAAAUUCCAAACAGAGAAAACAUUCGCCAACUCUUACUGGAUGCUGCAUCAAAGGAACUCAUCCAGAAGCCAGCAUAUAUUGCAGAUGCCUUUAGAGAAAUCCUGUCUUCCUAUACCAAUUCAUUUCCUUCCUCUGUUCAGCUUUUUCUGGAUGCACUCAUAACAAUUAAGCCAAGCACAAAGAGGGUUGUGUCUUUGUUGAGGGCAAACCCUGAAACAGUUGAUCAGAGGACAACCUUUGCCUACCUAAAACAAUUUGUAAGGGCUAUGAGACCUGAUAUGUUGGAAAAGUUUCUUCGUUUUGUGACAGGUUCUUCCAUAAUUUGUUUUGAAGAAAUUCAGGUGUCAUUUUCUGAUGUACAUGGAUUGCUGAGGCACCCAAUUGCCAGAACUUGUGGGCCCUUGCUAGAAAUUCCGUCGUCAUAUGCCUCAUAUUCAGAACUACGUUCUGAGUUCAAUGCUAUCUUAAACAAAGAUAGGAUUGAGUUUUCUAUCAUUUGAUUCUGAUGUACCAAUAGUUUAUUACCCAUCAUAUGGGUCAGAAUUUUUAACAAUGUACAACUGGCAUAUUUCAGACCUUUUUGCACUUAUAUUACACCUGAUUUGUCUCUAGAAACCAUUUAUAUUGGUAUCGUAUACACAACAAAAAAGUAAGUCCCCCUAAAUCAAAUUGCUAACUUUUGAACCGAAUAACUUUGAUAUAUGAUAUUUUUCUACAGUCAUUAAGCAACUCCUGGUGAAAACUGAGAUUGAUCGGGUGGGUCAUGCAUGAGUAAUCAUAAAUUGAAUUAAAAAUGACAAUUUUUUUUAUCACAAGUGUUGUUUAUCAGAUUAUGUAAAUACAAAGUUAGGCAAAGGUUGUUUUUAGGAGAAGUUUAUGGUGUUCAUGCUGUUUUUCUAUCCAUCAUUUAGCCAUUCCACACAACAUUUUGAUAACGUAUGUUUAUGGUUGAGUGAGCACAAUUUUUUGUGAGGUAUCAUCAUAGGGGUUUAUGUUAGUAUCCUCUACAACUUGUUAAAACAUGUUAAAAUUUCAAAAUGCUGGUGGCUCCCCCAUUUAUUCGGCCAUUCUCCCAUUUUAAAAUUCAGGAUCCACUGACAUAUCCAUUCCACUAAUCCUGAGAAAUUAUUACGAAAAAUAUACAUUUAUGCAGUAUAAUUAGUAUUCUUUCCUAAGUUUUCAAAUAUGCUCGCUCAACCAUGAAAAUGUAAAAAGUUCAGAAAGUGUGUGUGGUGAUAACAAUGAUGGACGAUAAAAAUAUUAUCAAGUCACAUUUGAAACCGAAUUCGCCCCCAUUAUUCACUUUAUUACCCCUCAAAACGAGUCUGUGACAUUAAAAAAUGCCCCUUUUCCCACUUUGAUGCGUGCUCAUUUAUCCAUGAAGAACAUAUCCAUUUCAUUUUUACACAAAAUUCUGCCCAUAGUUUGAGAAUCUUUACUGCCAAACGACAUUGCUAAUGACAGCCUUGAAAAAAAAGUUCCACCAUAUUAAAUAAGGGAUUACUUAUUUGUAAAAAUAUGCACCUAUAGUGUACACAAUGUCUAUGAGGGAGGAAGUACAAAUUUUUACAAAUAUGAAAUGAGGGUUUGUUUCAUGGACGGAUUUUGUUAUUUCUGCCAACAGUUUCUCAUUAAACUUCACACAUGGCUUCAGAGUAACACCAAGGCUCUUCUCAUUUGCAUAAUUCUUUAAUACUGUUUGCAAACUGAAGCAUUAGACAUUGUGAUUUUCAUAAAAAUGUAUUUAUUUUAUUCAUUUAUUUAUUUCACAUCUUUAUACAGGGUAACCAAUUCAGCUAUACACGAUAAAAACAUUAACAAAGAUAAAAAGCUGGUUUGCAAUCGGGCCCUGUAAAAAUAAAAUCAAAUCAAAUGAACUAUGCCAGGAGGUUUGUGCCUGAUAUCCAUAUUUAGCAAUUGCAUUUUUUUUCCAAUAACGUAAAAAAGAGCCAAUCACAUUCCACAUGUUUAUUCAAGCAUGAAUGUUUGAUUAAACACCUUUGAAUCAUGGAAGCAUGGUAAUUGGUCAUGAACACAACGAAAAAACUUAAGAAAUGAUAACUUCAGUUAACAAAAUGAAACAAUAUUUCCCUAUGAUUUUUGUCUCACCUGCAUAGCAGAGUGAGACUAUAGGCGCCGCUUUUCCGACGACGGCGGCAGCGGCGUCAACACCAAAUCUUAACCUGAGGUUAAGUUUUUGAAAUGACAGCAUAACUUAGAAAGUAUAUGGACCUAGUUCAUGAAACUUGGCCAUAAGGUUAAACAAGUAUCACUAAACAUCCUGCCUGAGUUUCAUGUCACGUGACCAAGGUCAAAGGUCAUUUAGGGUCAAUGAACUUAGACCAUGUUGGGGGAAUCAACAUCAAAAUCUUAACCUAAGGAUAAGUUUUUGAAAUGUCAUAACUUAGAAAAUAUAUGGACUAGUUCAUGAAACUUGGACAUAAGUUUAAUCAAGUAUUGCUGAAUAUCCUGCCUGAGUUCUGAGUCACAUGACCAAGGACAAAGGUCAUUUAGGGUCAAUGAAUUUUGGCCAAAUUAGGGGUAUUUGUUGAAUUACCAUAAUAACUUUGAAAGUUUAUGCAUCUGAUUCAUGAAACUCGAUAUAAGAGUAAUCAAGUACCACUACACAUUUUGUGCGAGUUUCAGGUCACAUGAUUAAGGUCAAAGCUCAUUUAAUGUCCAUGAACUUUGGCCAGAUUGGUGGUAUUUGUUGAAUUACCAUCAUAACUUCGAUAGUUUAUGGAUCGAUGAGUAUUGUUGAAGAUACUCUUACCAAAAUAAGUGCCGUCAAAUAUUUUAUCGAUGGAAGUGUGUAAAAAAUAAAAUAGCAAAUUUAGCCAAAAAGUUGUAGUGUCCUGUAGAAAGUACUUUUUACAAGCAUUCUGACUGCUUUCCAUAAGAAUGUGGAAUUCGUUCCAAUAAAGCUAAAUCAAAGUCAUGAUAUUUGGCUUGUGACUUUUUAAAAGUGACAAUUUUGCCUUCUAACAGUGCUCACUGAAGCAUGACAAAUUCAAUUCAAUUCGUUUGUUAACCCUCAAUCACCCGGGGUAUUUUGAUUCUUGUCAUUCCCGGGGGGGGGCCAUUAUGGCCCCCCCUUAAGAUCUCGGCCGCUGAUCGCUCGAGCGACGCAAAAAUUUGCAUGCUGGUUGUGUGCGAUGUAAUCUACAAGGCUGUAUGGUAAAAUUUUCCAAAAUAAUGAGAUUUUAUUUUAUAUGAAUUAAUUAUGCUAAUUUAUGCAUAAAUUAUACUUUUUGCUCUAAUUCACUAAAUAACGCUCCUAGAAUGCUAAUUUUUGGUUAAAAUAUUCUUUGUAGCAUUCUUAACAAUCGCAAUUUAAAAAAACUUCGGUUUGGAAAUCAAUUUCUUAUGUAUUUUAUUGUUUUAUGAAUUUCUUAUGUAUUUCCUUGUUUUUUUUACUUUUUGUUUUUUAUUGUUUUUUCAAUGGAAAUCGUUCCAGACUUAAUUCUGAUCAUAAGCAAGGCAAAAUUAAUUAAAUUCAAUCAGUAAAAGUAGAAAUAAUGAUACAUUUAUGAAUUUUGGCUAAAUACACAAUUUGCAUUGGAUUUGUACAUGAAAUCACGUUUAUGAGCAAUUUUGGGUCUGACAUGCACUUACAUAAUGGUGCGUAAUGUCGUAACCGCGUAUCCGGGCGUCACAAAUUUGGUCUCAAAAUUUGCGCGAGACUUGAAAGUAAAAAGUCAGUGAGCGGCGAGGUCAAAAAAUUUUGCGCAGCGGAUAUAUCGCGAAAAUUGUCGAGGGGGGGGCCAUUAUGGCCCCCCCCCCGGGAGAAUUAGGGUUAAAAUACUUCCAUAGGAUUUUACUAAGAGCGUAGCUUAUAAAAUUACCUACACGCUGUAAAACUAUAUCAAAAACUCCCAUUGGUUCGGAAGUUAUGGAUUUUGCUGAAGGGGGACUUACUUUUUUUGUUGUGUAUAGAAAGUACAAUCAGGAUCUCAGAAAACAUAUACUGUACAUAAGUUUAUCCAUUUUUAUGCCUCCGCCCCCUGAAGGUGGUUGCCGUAGGCAUUAUCUUUUCAUGUCGUCCAUCCGUCCGGGGGGGGGGGGACAAAGAUCUCUGAUUUGUUUUAGGGGUCAUUGGGUCAAAGAUUAAGGUUACAAGUUCAAUAAAGUACAUAAAAAUAGACAGAUCUCGCAAUAAAUAAAAAAGUUUCACUGACCAGGUUCAAACUGAAAGUGGCAAUAUCUGAUUUGUUUUGGGGUCAAAGGUCAAGGUCACAAAUUCAAUUGAUACCGAUUCAUAAAAUACUAGACCGUUCUGCAACAGUGGAAAGAAUAAAGCUGAAUAAGAAAUGGCAAUCCAUAAAACUUGCCUUAUAUUUUUUGUCUGGCAUUGGUUAUUGAACUUGCUUUUUUUUUGUUUAUUUAUUCCUCAAGUUUGUUCAAACUUUUAAAAAGUGAUACUUGGGUAAUGAGGAUGAUGGAUGAUAAGGAUGAUGCUGCCAAAGGUCAUCAAGGAGGAAUGGCAAAGGAUACAUAUUACAUGUUUUAUUGAAUGCAAAAUCAGGAAAGACUCUUGGUUCGUUACUUGUGUAAUGAUGUAGCUAUUACAGAAAGUUGUAUUUUACUGCAUUCCAAAGAAGGGUAAUAUUUAUCGUAUAAAUUCAGUGUAUUGUCUUGCCCUUGAUUCAUAUUUAUAUCACCCUAAAGAUCUUUUGAACUAUACAUGUUCCAUGAAUUCUAGAUGUCUAGGAAAGGAUUCACGUAGGGACAACUUGCCUGUUUGAAAGAAACAUGUAAAUAUGAUAUUUAUUGUUUUUGGCUGAAAGAGAGUUAAGUUUGAUACAGUUUUUAUAUUGUCAUACAAUAAUAUGUUUUAUUAAGUACUAUAUAUUAUCUUCAGGUUCAUGCAUUUUAUGCAUUUUUAAAGGUGCAUUGUUUUGUUGUCCAUAAAAGUUUGUAGAUGUAGAUGCAUUGUAUUUGAUGGUAGUUAGGAGUGUUCGAGACAAAUAUGCCUAUCACUUUGUAUUUUUACUUUAUGUUAUAUAUAGAGACUACAAAAUAUUCACUGCCAGGCUCCAGAAUAUAAGGCAAUUGCUUUCUUCUGCUAGUGCAAAGAAAUGAUGCAAUCGGUUAUCUUAGGCCUUGUUCAGCUUAAAGUUAAUACAUUGUGUUGGCCAUAGUCUUGUAUUUGAUGGGUUUAGGAUUUCUUAAGUUCAGGUACAUCAACAUGAGAAAGGAUUGAAUUGAUUAUCAGUUUCCUCUGAAUAGCCUUGAUAGUAAGUGAAGGACGAAGUAGUGGAUGAUAUAGGUCCAACAAGGCUGCAUUUUAACAACUUAUAUUUUCUUGUCGUGAAGACCUUUUAUAAGUAUAAAAUUGAAUGAAGUUCAACAUAUUUAUGACUGGUGCAUCAGUUGCAAUAUAUCUUCUAACUUUAUGCAAGUUUGAAGGUGCGUUGUAAUCUUUUCACACAAAAAAUCAGGUGCUAAUGUUUUUGUGGUUGUCAGGAGUGUUGGAAAAAUUUUCUGUCACUUAGUAUUAUGACUUCAAGUUAUAUUCAUGUAUACAUUGUUUAAGAGAAUACAAAAUAUUCACUGCCAAGUUACAGAUAAUAAGUCAAGUGUUUUCUUUUGCCAAUGCCAAGAUUUGCUGUGAUCGGUAGUCUUGGGCCUUGUCCAGCUUGUUAAGUUUGAUACAGUUUUUAUAUUUCCAUACAGUAAUAUGUUUUAUUAAGUACUAUAUAUUAUCUUCAGGUUCAUGCAUUUUAUGCAUUUUUAAAGCUGCAUCGUUUUGUUCAUACAUAUAUAUAUAUAGAGAGAGAGACUACAAAAUAUUCACUGCCAGGGUUCCAGAAUAUAAGGCAAUUGCUUUCUUCUGCCAGUGCAAAGAAAUGAUGCAAUCGGUAAUCUUAGGCCUUGUUCAGCUUAAAGUUAAUACAUUGUGUUGGCCAUAGUCUUGUAUUUGAUGGGUAUAGGAUUUCUUAAGUUCAGGUACAUCAACAUGAGAAAGGAUUGAAUUGAUUAUCAGUUUCCUCUGAAUAGCCUUGAUAGUAAGUGAAGGACGAAGUAGUGGAUGAUAUAGGUCCAUACAGGCUGCAUUUUAACAACUUAUAUUUUCUUGUCAUGAAGACCUUUUAUAAGUAUAGCAUUGAAUGCAGAUCAACAUAUUUACGACUGGUGUAUCAUUUGUAUACUUACCUACAAGUAUGUGUUAAAAUAUGACAUAUUUUUUUAUUCAGUUUACUUCUACUUCAAUGAUGUACUUAGUUUUGCUACUUCAAUAUCAUGUCUCAACUUAUUGCCACAAUUGUUGUCAC